UGAGAGUCAAGCUCAGUGUAAGGACAUCGACCUGGCAGUAGCUUACUCAAAGACAACGAAAAUGGCUUACAAAUACAAGAUUACUUCUCAUGUCAUCGUCUGUGUAGUAUUUGAGUGGCUACCUUAUGUUAUAAGCACGCCUGCAGCUGGCUGCAACAUGAGCCACAUUCCUCAAUGCCCAUCAUCAUCAGAAGGUGAAGCAAAUAAACUGGACUGCUUUCGGUUGAUUGGUUCACACACCAAGCACCAGUGUGUGUGGGAGCCUGGGGAGUCCUUAAAUAUCUCCAGAUUCAAACUGCUGGUAGAAAAAGAUUGGCUAAAUAAAACACGUUGUAAAGAGCACAGGAUCACAGGAACAUCUGUGCCUAUAGGAAAGGUGAGCGAAAGUGCGAAAGAGCGAAAGCUGAAAGCUUAUGUUGUUGAGAAUGGGAUGAAUUGCACCCUGGCAACGUUCGAGGGCUCCCCUGCAAAUAUGAUUCGUUGUCGUGCUGACGUGGAAUUGCAGCGGCGGUCUGGACAACUGUUUGUUAAAGCAAGUUGGGAUGAGGGAAAUGAUAUACAAAAGUAUUUUGUAAAGUAUCGAGAGUACUCCAUAAACAACUUGAAUGAUUCAUGGACAACGGAGUUGUCCCAACAUAAGCGUGACCACACCAUAAAGAAUCUCAACUCAUCCAUGUUAUAUGAAGUGCAAGUGCAGUGUCUCAACACAUCAAAAUGUACCCAGUGUGCACCAAGCAGAGUCUUCACUGUGCCUCAGGAACUUACCAGAGCGCCUGUCGUAAAGUGUAACAUGGAUGGGUUUCACCAGGGGAGGAGAAAAGUAACCAUAUCAUGGGAGUCUCCGUCAUCUCUGGGCGUGGCACAACACAAUGUGAGAGUGCAGAAGGUGUCUUGGGAGCUCAACGAGACCUUUGUGACACAGAGCAGCGACUCCACCAUGAGCCUCCUUCUCUCCCACUCAGCCUAUCGUGUCAGCCUCAACUCGAGAAACAACGUCUCUGAGUCGCCGAAGACUCCCUGUGCCAUAGAGCCAGCCCUGGAGGAUAUGCGAAUCGAGGGAGCUUUGAAGGCGACAUUCAACAGCAAUCACAGUUUUAACCUCUCAUGGAAUAGCAGCCUAACAAAUGCGUACGAGUGCUACACUGUGGAGUGGUUCCUGAAGGGAGACAAUGCAACAGCGUUCGAGUCCUUCUACUCCAACACAAAACAGAGGACAAUAGACAUUAAAAAAGAGACACCUUUCCUUCCCUACAAGAGAUACAUAUUUCUCCUGCACGUAAAGCCAUUCAAGGAAACCUGCGAACUCAAGCAACUUAACAGCAGUGAUAUCACAUGCGGAUGGACAGAAGCGUAUUUACUGGAAGGAACCCCAGUCAGUGAUCCACGGAAUGUUAGCCACUCCAAUGUGACGGACAGCUCUGUGGUCAUCACAUGGCUUCCAAUCCUAGAGGACGAGCUGCAGGGGUUUCUGCAGGGAUACAUGCUCUACUUAUUCAACGGAGGCACAAAGUCAAACAUUACGUUGGGUCCCGAGAUCAGCAGCUAUAAGUUAACCGGUCUAAAGAGCGGGAGUGACUACCAUGUUGAGAUGGCGGCCUUCACAUCCAGAGGAGAGGGGAAGCGCAGUUCGCCCUUAUACUUUGGAACAAAUCCAUCAGACACAGAACCUAGUGGUUGGAUCUUGGUUGGAUCAGUUCUCACAGGGGUCGUUAUGCUCCUGGUUGCAGUACAUCUCUGCAUUCGCUUAACCGAUAGGGUAAAGGAAGCCUUGUGGCCAAGCAUACCAAACCCGAGCAACAGCAGUGCCAUUCAGAAAAUUGACAGAGAGUAUGAGCUGGAGCCAAUGGUGUUAAUGAAUGGCCCGAUAGUCCAAGAACACUGGGACUCUGGACCGCUGUACCUGAUGGACUCCAGGAAGGAGAACAAGAAGAAUACAGCAUCGAACCCUCUCCUGGGCAAACAGAGUUGCGAUGCAUCGGGUCAGGGCUUUGAUAAUAAAGACACGGUAACACCAUCCAGUGGGAUGGAAAAACAGGAAACAGGUCCAUCUACAGACUUAACAGCCAUUGAGGUAGACUCCACACCUCCGGAGUGUGGCAGCACAGAGUUUGGCAAGACAGACAUCAAAGACAUACCCUGCCAAAGGACAAAGGUGGCUAUAGCCGCCACCGCAGCCACAGCCCUGGCUGGCUGUGAUGCCAGACCGGCAGUGGCUUUCAUGAGCGACUACACCACCAUGGAGCUUUUCCAGCAGGCCACCAUAGCCAUACAGGCAGAGUGCCACCCUUGCCAGCCUGUAAGCUCGAUGCCAACCUGCUUCCCACCAGCAGGGCUGGACUACAUCCACCAGUCCCAGUUGUACACGCCAGAGUCAUGGACAGAUGAGACACAUGGAACUGCAAACGAACAGGCUUCUGUGCUUUGAAGUUAGCGCUUUCUAGAAAACUCCAAAAUGCUGGGAUAGAUUACAGGGGUAAACAAGACCAUGAAAGCUGUAUGACUUCCAAACAAGA